UUGAGAAACCUUUUUCAUUAUUAGUUGUCAGCAUCAGGCAAACGGACGAUUGGAUCUCGUAAAAUUAUUUGUUAUAGAAUAGUCAUUUUUUUCUUUUCGAAAUUUUUAAAAUGUCCAAUCACAUGAAAGCAGGAGCAUGCUGCCCUCCAAGAUGUCCAACUACCUGUCCACCUGCCUGCCCGCCCUGUGAUCCACCUCUGGUGCGAUUGAAAAAACUGUGGCCGGAGCCCUACAAUCCUUGCUCCUUCAAGAAUUGCCUUAUCUUCGGUGGACACGACGAGCCCUAUGUCCAGCCAUUCGAUCCGAAAGCCUGUGCGCGAAUGCGUCGUAAUGACAUCGACAGAUCAUUGGGCUAUCCCAUAGGUGUAGUAUUCGGUACAGUGAUUGUUAAGGGGGGAAUUCCGAAUCAGGAAAGCGUUCGGUUUGCUGGAAAUCUAAAGGGAUUCGCUCACUCAUACUACACCCGUCGCGAUGAGUGGAGCCCGGAGACAAUUGAUAUGUUAGUGAACGAGGCUCAGGUGUUGUUCAACGAUUCCGAAAAUAUGGAUCCUCCGAAUAUGGUAGAAUCUCCGGAUAUUUAUGACGAAAAUGAGCAAAGGGUGACGCGUCACUUUAUGAUCAACGAAAUUGAGUUUGCCUUGGAAUUGGAGGCUCCCUUCGAGAUCUACGGUUACCCCAACAUAAUACAAAAUCUUCGCAGGAUCUUGAGAGCCUUCUUCAAAAAGGCAAAAUAUGGGAUUUUCUUCACCCCCAACUGGUAUCUCCUAAUUUGGAAGGAGAAGGGUGUGUGGAUGGUGUUGGAUCUAAAUGGCAGGGACAAAAACACCAUGCGACCAAAUUAUGAGGAGGGUUACCCCUUGCUAUUGGGCCUCAAGUCGUUUGACAAUGUCAUUUGGCUGAUCAAGAAGGAGAGUGAUCUAGAGAAGACAAGUAGAUUUACGAUUAGGGAGAUCCUCGUGGUUCGAAUGGCCACUCCUGGGAGCACGGGUCAGAGUUGGGAGCGAGAGCAUGGGAUGCGAAUGAGCCAGUUUGAUGUGAUAGCCUCGGAUUAUGCCUAUGUCAAGUCUAAUCUUCACCUCACUCUGAACUCGAAGGAUGCCCUUAGGAAUCGUAGUGCUUUGCCAGUAGCUGUGGCCACUGCCCUGGCCUCCAAAAUCGAUCAUCCAGCCACCUGGGACAUGAAGAUGUACGACAAGGUUAUGUGUUAUGGCGUAAAUAUGUGCAAAAACUGCUGGGAACCGUGCGUUGACCCCAGUCUACCCAUGGAUCUUGAUGAUUUUCCCCGACAGAUUCGCAUGGGCCAGUUUGUGGCCGAGAUUAUGCUCACCCCAAAUGUCUACGAGGGCUGGUGGAAGUGCGUGCCGAUGUACAAGUUCAACGACUUUCAUCUAAUGAUCGAAAAGGCCCUCGAUAACAAUGAUUAUGUGAUCUUUCAGAUCAACAAUCAGAUGUACUCGCUGUGGAAGAAGUCGGAUUUCAUCUAUCUCAUGGAUCCGUAUCGCCACAACAUUGUGGGUCGUAUUUUGGAGGAGGGUGAAGAUCCCAAGAGUGCCACGGUCAGGAUGUUUGGUAAUAUUGAUCGUCUGCUGAGCGUCUUUCAUCAAAUUUUACUGGAAUCGAACCGAUCGGCCAUGUUCCAUAUACAUACACUAAAAAUAAGAAACAUUACGGAGUGCCCUCCUGGCACGGCUCCUGCCUUGCUUCCACCCGAUGAGGAUGUGGAGGUUAGAUCCCUUAAUGAGAACAUUCGCUUCGAUGAAAACUACGACAAGUGUCUGCAAGAACUGGGCGAGAUUAGUGACUUCGAGGAGGAUCUGGUCUCGGAGAUCGAGCCAAUUGUGGAGGUCAGCUCGUCGGAAGAGAUGGUCGAAGAGGAGGAGGGCGGUGGAGGCGGAGAAGUCGAAGGUGGCGAGGGAGAAGACGAUGACUAGCUCCAAGAAGACUCCCAUAUUUUUUAUGCAAUUUUGUACUCCAAGCAAUAGAUUGGGUCACUUGAUUUACGAUUUGAAUAUUUCAUUCAUUGAAAUAUGAAAAAUUAAAUUUUAAAAUAUACAAAUUAUAAGUUAAACUAUGAAA